AUAAAUACCCUCUUUUUCUCAGGCCUGAAAAUGAGAAAAACCUUUUUUACCUCACACACUCUGUGCAGAAAAACAUAAUUUCUCUGUCACUGAGAAAUUAGGUUAAACUUUACUCAUCCAAUUCUCUCUACAAAAUCCCAAUUUCCCCAAAAAAAUCUAAAUUACAAUGAAGAAAGAAUCAGCAUCGGCGAACGAGGAGGUUCUACCGGACAAUCUCCGGUGCGGGAGAACCGACGGGAAGCAAUGGCGGUGCAAGCGGAGAGUGAUGGACGAUCUAAAGCUCUGCGAGAUUCACUACCUCCAAGGGAAGCAUCGUCAGUACAGAGAGAAAGUUCCAGAGUCUCUGAAGCUUCAGAGGAAGCGGAAAAACGAGGGUGAAACUGUUGUUAUCGACAAUGCGGAAACGGAAGCAGCUAGGGCAGAGAGUAAGUUCAAAAUGGAGCUGAGAAAGAUCAAGAAGAAGAGGAAGUUCUCGGAGGAUUCGGAAGCGUUAACUGAUACUCCUUCUGCUUCCGCAUCUGCAUCUGCUCCUGCUACUGUUUCUGUUAGGAAGAGAACAAUGAAGCAAUGUGACACGCAAUUGGAUCUUAUUAGAAUGGUUCUGGAGAGGGAAGUUGAGAAGAGAAAAGGGAACAGUAGCAGUAACAACAAGAAGAAGAAGAAAAAGAAGAAAAAGGAGAUUAAAACAGAAGAAGUGGAAUUGCGGCACUAUAAUGAAGGGGAAUUAAGGAAGGAGUUACCAAACGGGGUUAUGGAAAUAUCUCCGGCUUUAAUGCCACAUGAUUAUAACAAUGUGAGUUCUCAUUGUGAUGUGAAAGUUGGUGCUGACCAUAAGAUUGUAGCUGUAACGCCGCGUUACUUCAGGUCCAAGAAUAUUGAUAGGGUGGCUGCUGGCAAGUUGCAGGUUAUGCCUAAUGGACCAAACUUGAAGAAGGGGAAUACCAAGAUGAAGAAGUGUCACUGGUGUCAGAGAAGUGAUUCUGUGAAUCUCGUUCAGUGUUCUAGCUGUCAAAAGGAGUUUUUCUGCUUUGGAUGCAUAAGAGAGCAGUAUUUGGACACACGAAGCGAAGUUAAGAAGGCUUGUCCAGUUUGUCAAAGAACUUGCACAUGUAAGGACUGUUUGGGAAGUCAAUGUAACGACAGCGAAAGUAAGCCUUGUGUGACCGGUAAAAUUAGAGUUGAUAGAAUACUGCAUUUUCAUUAUUUGAUCUGCAUGCUCCUUCCGGUACUAAAGCGAAUAAGUGAAGACCGGGAAACUGAGCUAGAAACAAAAGCAAAAUUUAAAGGGAAAAAUAUUUCUGAUAUUCAAAUCAAGCAGGUUGAAUUUGGCUACAACGAAAAUAUCAAUUGCAAUCACUGCAGAAUACCCGUCCUGGAUCUCCAUAGAAGCUGUGUUAGUUGUUCGUAUAGCCUAUGCUUAAGUUGUUGUGAGAAAUUAUGUCCAGGAAGAACUUCGGGAGAAAUUAACUCAUCUAUGCUGAAGCAACCUGAUCAGAUGGACCCCUGUGGUGACAAUGAGAGCCGUAUUUUGGAUCAGAAUGGCAUCUCUUGUGAUAAUUUAACUGGUAUUUCAACAUUGCCUGAGCGGAGAAAUUGUAAUGAUAUUGAAAAACUAUCAUGCCCUCCUACGGAACUUGGUGGUUGUGGUACAGGCAUGCUUGAUUUAAAAUGCAUUUUUCCCCCGACUUUGCUCAAAGAGAUGGAAAUAAAGGCAGAAGAAAUUGUUUGCAGCUAUGACUUUCCCGAAACUUUGGAUAAAAGUUCAAGCUGCUCACUGUGUUUUGACACUGACCUCAACACUAACCGAUAUAAUCAGUUGCAGAAAUCAGCUGAGAGAGAAGAUUCAUCGGACAAUUGCUUGUUUUGUCCCACAGUUUUGGACAUCAGUGGUGAUAACUUUGAGCACUUUCAGAAACACUGGGGAAAAGGCCAUCCUAUAGUGGUCCAAGAUGUGCUCCAGAGUUCAUCAAACCUCAGUUGGAAUCCACUGUUCAUGUUCUGUACUUAUCUCGAGCAGAGCAUUACAAAGUAUGAGAAUAAUAAGGAGUUACUUGAAUCCUGUUUGGAUUGGUGUGAGGUGGAAAUAAACAUUAGGCAGUAUUUUACUGGAUCUCUCAAAAGUCGUCCUCAAAGAAACACUUGGCAUGAGAUGCUGAAACUGAAAGGAUGGCUGUCUUCCCAAGUAUUCAAAGAGCAAUUUCCCGCUCAUUUUUCUGAAGUAAUUGAUGCUCUACCAGUUCAAGAAUACAUGAAUCCUUUGUCUGGUCUUCUGAAUUUAGCUGCAAAUUUGCAACACGGGAGUGCGAAACAUGACAUUGGGCCAUAUGUUUAUAUUUCGUAUGGCUGUGAUGACAUAGAAGCUGAUUCUGUGACAAAACUCUUCUGUGACUCAAAUGAUGUGGUUAAUAUUAUGACACAUUCUGCGGAUGUCCCUCUCUCUACAGAACAACUUGCAAAAAUAAGGAAAUUGCUGAAGAAGCACAAAGCUCUGUGUCAAGUGGAGUAUGUCGCUACUGAACAGUUACCUGGAAAUAAUGUGAAAGGAAUGAUAUUAUCACGUGCUGAAGAAAUGGAACAAAAAGGUUUGCGGAGUAUGGGGAAAGAAGGAAUGGAAUUCUUCAGGAGAGUCGAUAGAACAUCUUGCAUCUCAACUGAAGCUAAAAAAGCUUCUACUCAGAGUAUAGACAGCAAUAUUUCCCAGGAUGGAGAACGCUGCAUCUUUACUGAUUCUGAACCCUCUCUUCAUGGGACUGUUCAUACCACCAAUUUGUCAGCACAUGAUAAUCCUAAAAGUCCCUCUGAAAGCUUCAACAGUUGUAAGAAAAAGUUUACCGAGCAUUCAGGCGCCCAGUGGGACGUCUUUCGUAGACAAGAUGUGCCAAAGCUCAUAGAAUACAUUACAAGACACUAUGAUGAACUUAUUUAUACCCAUGACUCUCACACGAAGAUGGUUCAUCCAAUUCUAGACCAGAGCAUUUUUCUUGACAGUACUCACAAAAUGAAACUGAAGGAGGAGUUUAAGAUUGAACCAUGGACUUUCCAGCAACAUGUUGGAGAAGCUGUCAUCAUUCCUGCUGGUUGUCCAUACCAGAUAAGGAAUUCUAAGUGUUGUGUCCAUGCGGUACUGGAAUUUGUGUCCCCUGAGAAUGUUACUGAGUGUAUCCAGUUGAUUGAUGAAGUCAGACAGUUACCUGAAGACCAUAAAGCAAAAGUAGACAAGCUGGAGGUGAAGAAAAUGGCUCUACACAGCAUGAGUACAGCAAUUAAAGAAAUACGCCAGCUUACAUGCAAAACAUGAUUGUACCAGCUAAAAUAGACUUGCAUGCCUCUAAAGACUGAAGUUCUCAGGUCUCAAGUCUCAACCUCUUUAACAUAUCGGGAGUGGAUUCUGUUCAUUUUAUGUAAAUUAAUGCAAACUCAUUAAGAUCUGACCAGGUACUUGUUAAAUUGAUUAAUUUGGGUCUAUAUCCUUUUCUGUCCUCUAUGACCCUUUUUGUUCUCUAUGACCCUUUUUGCUUUACCUGAAUAUGAAAUAAUUUAUUUGGUCUGUAUAUAUCUUUCUUCUGGUUUUGGAA